CCGCCCCUUCCCCUCGGCCCGCCCCGCGGACAGCCAUGGUUCUGGGGCGCGCUCUGGGCUGCGCGGCCAGGCGCUUCUCUGCGGCGCCCGCCAAGGAGUGGCUGACGGAGGAUUUCCUCAAUUCCCUCAGAGCGAUUGUGGGGGGGCCCAAUGUGUCCACAGCCACCGUUGUCCGUGAGCAACAUGGGCAGGACGAGUCUAUGCACAGGAACUGCCCCCCGGAUGCUGUCGUCUGGCCCCAGAGUGUGGAGCAAGUCAGCUUGCUGGCAGCGACAUGCUACGACCGAGGGGUUCCGGUCAUCCCCUUCGGGACGGGCACAGGGCUGGAAGGUGGCGUCACUGCCGUGCAGGGAGGUGUGUGUGUCAACCUGACGAAAAUGGACCAAAUUUCUGAGCUUAACCCUGAAGAUUUCACGGUCGCUGUCGAGGCAGGAGUGACGCGGAAGGCACUGAACAAAUACUUGCGUGGGAAUGGCCUGUGGUUCCCUGUCGACCCCGGGGCCGACGCCUCGCUCUGUGGCAUGGUGGCCACUGCAGCCUCCGGGACGAAUGCGGUGCGCUAUGGCACCAUGCGCCAGAAUGUCAUCAACUUACAGGUGGUCCUGCCAGAUGGGAGAGUCCUGCACACAGCCGGGCAGAAUCGGCGGCCCAGGAAGAGUGCUGCUGGAUACCACCUAACGGGGCUGUUUGUGGGCUCGGAGGGGACUCUGGGGUUCAUCACCCAGGCUACACUGAGACUCCAUGGUAUUCCCGAGGCCACCGUGGCGGCCAUCUGUGCCUUCCCCAACAUCCAAGCAGCCGUGGACAGCACUGUGCAGGUUCUCCAAGCUGGGCUCCCCAUUGCCCGCAUUGAGUUCCUGGAUGAGGUCAUGAUGGGCGCCUGUAACCGCUACAGUGGCCUGAGCUAUGCAGAACUGCCCACCCUCUUCCUGGAGUUCCAUGGCACUCAGCAGAGUGUGGAGGAGCAAGUAGGAGCCACAGGGCUACUCCACAGAUGUGUGUGUCCCCCUCUCGCGCCUUCCUGAGGUCCUGCUAGAAACCAAGAAAGAUUUGCUGGACUCCAACCUUACAGGUCCCCUUGUCGGCCAUGUUGGGGACGGCAACUUCCACUGCCUGCUGGUUCUUGAUCCUGAAGACGUUGAAGAAAAGGAGAAGGUGGCGGAGUUUGCCAAACGACUGGGCAGGAGGGCCUUGGCAGUGGGUGGCACCUGCACGGGGGAGCAUGGCAUCGGCCUGGGCAAGCGUCAGCUUUUGCGCGAGGAAGUAGGGGAAGUGGCCCUCUCCACCAUGUGGCAGAUCAAGGUGGCCUUGGAUCCCAAAAACCUCAUGAACCCUGGAAAGGUGCUCGAACCUCCGCAAGGCCUGGCUGGGAGAGGCUCCUGAAUUUGUUUUCCUUGCCGAGAAGUCCGGAGUGAGGCGUCUUCGCUUUUAUCUCCUCGCUCCAGCAGGGUCAGAAAUGCAGGUUUUAACCAAAGUGGUUCUCCAGAGGUGCCCACAGCAAAGACUUCUUCACCACCUCUGCUGACUGGAUUCUAUAUCGUACUAAACUAUGUUUAAUUCUAGCCUGCUGAAUAAACCACAGUUGGUUCAAAGGACAUGAUAACUCAAAGCCAAGUAAGUGACACAAUGGUUCAGCAAAACUCUAUACACCUCUGUUUCCCAACCUCGGCAACUUUAAGCUGCAUGGACUUCAAUUCCCAAAAUUCCCCAGCUGGCAUUAAGAUGCAUGGACUUCAACUGGCCGAAUUCUUCAGCCGACAUGCUUUAAAAUACAUAGACUUCAAUUCCCAGAAUUCCCCAGCUGGCAUUCUUUUAAGAUGCGUGGACUUCAACUCCUAGAAUUCUUCAGCCGACAUGAAUUAAGAUACAUGGCCUUUAAAUCAAGAUGCGUGGACAAGAUGCUGGCUGGGGAAUUCUGGGAGUUGAAGUCCAGGUAUCAAGGUUGACAGGAAACACUGCCUUGAACACUCCACCCACCUGUCCGCUUCCUUUGAAUUUUUACACACUUGAAAAAGGUGAGCUAGGAUUGGCAGCCAUCCCUCUGAUAAGAAGAGUAAGCAUACAGAACUUGGCAAUUGUCUGAAUUUGUCUUACAGAUCUAUAUUAAAAUUAAUGCUGUGCGUUUGUGUGGGGA